AGGAAAACACAAGGUGUCUUGGACAAAUUUUCCGUAUACAGUCUAAAUGUCUGUAUAUUGGUGGUUGGUACGUGCUGCCCUUCGAAAUGCAGAGACCAGCAUCAACCAUGUCCAAGCUCGGCCUGAGGGACAGUAGUGAACACCUGCCAUUGAAUGAGCUCAAGCUCUCCCGCUCGUCGAGGACAGCAGACGUGUCUUUUUCUCUGUGGAAACUUGUGAGCAACUUUGUUGAAACUUCGACCAACAAGAAAGAAGGAAGAAAAACUGCAUGCGUUUUGCGUUACAUAAAAGCGAUUGAGAGCAGCACUACGGCGUUCUCCGAUUUUGAUGAAGUUGUUGACGAGUUCGCCAGGAGGCAAGGAAGAUGAAAAGGCGUUUUGAAAGCACCGGCAUCUUCCUGUUCGCAAGCUUGGCCUCCACCCUCCUGUGGCAGACGGAUGAGUUUCGGGGUGCAAACCCUGGGGCGUCUUGGACAGUGUCCGCCGCGCACACGCUCGCCUCGCCAGCUGUUGUGAUCGGAGCGUCCCCAGACCCCGUCCGCGUGUCUCUUGCCUUUGGGAUUUCGGUCGCUCUGGUGUCCCUGUGUCUGAGGUCAGGUGGGGGUGUUCAUCUGAACCCCGCGGUGACCCUGGCGCUCUUGGCUGGACUGAGGGUGUCUCCACUGCGGGCAGUCCUUUACGUCUUAUCCCAGCUUGGGGGCGCCUUGAUGGCGUCCGCGGUGCUUCUGGGGGUGACUCCGGAGGCCAUCCGGGGAAAAACUGGCAUAAACGAGCUGAGCCCAGGGGUCUGCGAGUAUCAAGCCCUGUGUGUGGAGAUGUUUGUCACCUUCCAGUUUGUCCUGUGUGUUUUUGCCACGUUGGAUCCAAAAUCUGCCCUCCAUAAGUUGGCGCCUCUUGCGAUAGGACUGGCCGUCACUCUGGGACAUCUUGUUGCUAUUGGCUUCACGGGCUGCAGCAUGAAUCCAGCUCGGUCUUUCGGUCCUGCUGCGGUGACUGUUAACUUCAGAUCUCACUGGGUGUUUUGGGCUGGUCCCUGCGGAGGCGCUGUCCUGGCCUGCCUGAUGCACGAUCUGAUCCUUUUUCCCAGGUGGGGCGGCAGGAAGGAGUGGCUGCUGGAGAUGAGAGCGUCCUGCCUCCGGGAUAGCCGCCCGCAGCCAGGCACCAGGGAGACGGAGUAGGGUUCUGGAAAAACGCCGCUCCUCCGAUAGGAACAGGGCGAGCGUUACAGUUUUGAGUCUGACUUCACUAUAUAGGAAAUGUGGAAAUGAUAACUGUGAACCACAUUUCAAAAUACGGGUAAAGCAUGACAUUUGUUAGACAUCUUUUCACUCUACAUCUGUUCGCCUCCCUUUCCAAAACUAGUCUGAGAAAUAUGUUUUCAUUUCACACCAAACCUUCUCUUUCUAGAGAUGCAUAAGCCUUUUAGAGCGUUUUUUUGCACCAAAGACCACCAUUACCUCUCUACACGGCAGACGGAAUGAAGUAUUUAGAAGUGCAACAGGCAGUUUGUGAUGAAAAACUAUUGUCAGGAAUAAAAUAUGUAAGUUAUUAGCUACUAAAACUAGUUUACUUAAUCAUUUCUUUUGGAGCAUGUCCAAAUAUCUUUUUUUUCUUGACAGAAAAUAAUUUUACACACCGGGUCUCAUAAAUUUAAUAAGCAACAUGUCUGUGAACAAAUUGUAAGCUGUUUUUAAAACAGAUAUACAUGGGAUAGCUGCUAUACUUAUAGUGCACCACAACACAAAAGCAGACUAUAUUCCCUGGUAGUGUAUAGCUUAAAGAUGGAUAAUAUUAGUUGCCUCUUUAGAUGUAAUAUUAUUUGUACCACUAAAAUAAAAUGCUGCUGUAAUGCAUAAAAUUCGUUUGAUAAAAAUCGAUUAAUGAUGUAUCA